AUGAAACCGCCAACGUUCUAUAGUGGCAUUGAACCUUUGAAAGCUGUGACGUGGUUGCUUGAGAUGGAAAAAUUGUAUGAAGUAUUUCCUUGUACUGAAACUCAGAAAGUCCUCCUAGCCACCUAUACUCUGAAAGAUAAAGCCCGAAGGGAUCGGAAGGUGUCCGAGUUUCAAGAACUUAAAUAUAGAAUAAUGUCUGUAGCAGAGUAUGAAGCCAAAUUCACCGAAUUGGCACGUUUUGCUCGACAUAUGGUGGACACUGAUUACAAGAAAGCACGAAAGUUUGAGGGAGGGCUAGACCUGGAAAUAUUUGACCGAGUGGCUGUCCUAAAAUUACCUACUUAUGUGGAGGUACUCGACAGGGCAUUGACAGUAGAAGCCACAAUAGCAGCUAAGAAACAAACUAUAACACCAACAACAGAAUGGAGAGGAAAGAGGACCAGAUUUAGUUUCAAGAAAGGCCGGUCAGUUUUGAAGAGGCAAAAUAUAGGAUCCUCCAGCAGCUCUAGCCAAAGUAACGGAUCUACUCCAAACUGCCCCGACUGUGAAAAGAGGCACAAAGGUACUUGUUAUCAAGCAUCAGGUACGUGUUUUCGCUGUGGCAAGACUAGCCACAUGGUGAGGGAUUGCCCGAUGAGAUUCAACGAGGUUAGCCGUCCUAUGACAAGUUCCACCAGGUCUGUUUCCGCAGCAAGACCAAAUGCAAGGGUCGAUGUUAGAAGGAAUGCAAAUAAUGAAACAUUGAGGCAAGAGAGAGUGUUCGCCUUUGUCAUGACCUAA